UUUGAAUAGAAUGGAUCUCUCGCUGAUUGAUGGUCUCUAGGCCUUGGAUCCAGAUGUGGUGAACAAGAUUGCCGCGGGGGAGAUCAUCGUGGCUCCCAUGCACGCGCUGAAGGAGCUGAUCGAGAACUCGGUAGACGCUGGUUCGACCUCCAUCGAGGUGCUGGUCAAGGAAGGCGGACUCAAACUUCUCCAGAUUACGGACAAUGGCCAUGGGAUAGAGAAAGAUGACCUUCCCAUUCUAUGUGAGAGAUUCACCACCUCCAAGCUAAAGGAAUUCGAGGAUCUGUCAUCUAUCGGCACAUAUGGCUUUCGAGGCGAAGCGUUAGCAAGUAUCAGCCAUAUUGCUCACCUCACGGUCACUACCAAAACUACCGGGUCUAGUUGUGCCUGGCGAGCGCACUACAGCGACGGAAAACUCACACCAGCUAAACCAGGGCAAAGUUCUGCUCCAAAAGCAACAGCUGGCCGCGGUGGGACACAGAUUACGGUGGAAGAUCUCUUCUACAAUAUCCCGACUCGACGCCGUGCUUUUCGAUCAGCAAGCGAGGAAUAUGCUAAAAUCCUUGAUGUUGUUGGCCGGUACGCAGUACACCGCACCGGGGUCGCGUUUUCAUGCCGGAAACACGGCGACUCGGGUGUCAGCAUAUCGACAGCUGCAAAUGCUUCCACGGUUGACCGCAUCCGCCAGAUUCACGGCAGUGCGGUAGCUAAUGAGCUGGUGGAAUUUAGCGUCGAGGACGACAAGUUGGGGUUUCGCGCCUCCGGCUUCGUCACGAACGCAAACUAUCACGUUAAGCGAACCGUGAUCCUUCUCUUCAUCAAUCAUCGUUCUGUGGAGUCCACCAAUGUAAAAAGAGCGAUAGAGCAGACAUACUCUACCUUCUUACCAAAAGGUGGCCAUCCGUUUAUCUAUCUCGACCUUGAAAUUGAGCCACAGCGGGUCGACGUCAAUGUGCAUCCAACCAAACGGGAGGUGAAUUUUCUCAAUGAAGAUGAGAUCAUCGAGUCCAUCUGCAGCGAAAUCAGAGGCAAACUGGCGCAAGUAGACAGCAGUCGGACCUUUUUGACGCAGACACUUCUUCCUGGAAUCCGGUCAAUGGAGUCCAUCGAUACAGAGCCUGACAACACGAAUGUGACUCCCAAAACUCCAGCGACGGCCAAGAGACCGUAUGAGAACAAUCUGGUCCGCACGGAUUCUAAGAUUCGCAAGAUCACAUCCAUGCUCUCCCCCGCAGUGCCCCAUGGAAUUCUUCAAGCCGAUGCAUCAUCGCGCGAACGCCCGAGCGUUCUGGAUGAAGGGCUACAGUAUGAAAGCACAGACCGCGAGCCACUCCGUAUCGCACUCACUUCUGUGAAGAAUCUCCGAGCCGAAGUACGCGCUGAGAUGCACAAUAACCUGACUGAGAUGUUUGCAUCGCUUACCUACGUCGGGCUGGUUGACGAACGACGGCGAAUCGUCGCUGUACAGUCCGGUGUCAAGCUCUUUCUGGUUGACUACGGCAUGAUCUGCAACGAGUUCUUUUACCAGGUCGGGCUGACAGACUUUGGCAAUUUCGGAGUCAUCAAGCUAGACCCGGCACCCAAGAUCAUUGACCUUCUUCGCAUUGCGGCUGAUUAUGAACAAGACCAACAUCAAGUAGCGGCCACUCAGGAAUCCGAGCAAGACACCGAAGAGGAGGACGAGGGCUUUAAGAACACGGCGGAAACAGCCGCCCAGACUUUGAUUGACCGCCGUGAGAUGCUAAACGAGUAUUUCUCCAUGGAGAUCUCGGCUGAUGGGGAUCUGGUCUCCAUCCCGCUCCUGCUCAAAGGCUACGUCCCGUCACUAGCAAAACUUCCUCGGUUUCUACUCCGCCUCGGACCCCAUGUCAACUGGAACAGAGAGGAGGAGUGCUUCCGGACUUUCUUACGCGAGCUCGCUGCCUAUUACACGCCGGAACAACUCCCUGUGCCGCCCGUGACUGCCCCAAGCGAUGAAGCAGCGGUUUCACCAAGUGCACAAGAGCCUGUAGGCUCUUCUGGCGAGGCCAAGGAAGAGGACGACGGAUUUCUCUCGAGCCGUAGACAGCAGAUGAGCCGGAUGUUGGAACAUUCCGUCUUUCCAGCCUUGAGAGCCCGACUAGUAGCCACGGCGGACCUCCUCAAGGGCGUAGUAGAGGUCGCAGACUUAAAGGGGCUAUAUCGAGUAUUUGAACGGUGUUGAAAAAGGAGGGAGAAGUAAUGUAUUUACCAUACACGUAUCGAUACACAGAUACCUUACGGCUUACCUUCCCAGGUACUCUUAUUAAAGAUCCUGUCAGAUC